AAAAUAUCUUACAGCACGCGCGUGCGCGGUUUCUAUCUUCCUUCCACAUCCAUCCCACUCCAGCUUCACGAUUCGCGAUCCAGCCAGAGCUCAACGCAGCCCGCGCAAACUUCCCCAUGAUCGUUUCAGGAUCAAGUGUGUAGCUCAUGAGGGCAAGAUGAGAUGGGCUUUCUUCAAGGAAGCUACGAUCAUCAAACCCCCAAAAAGAGAGAGAGAGAGGGAAGGAAAGAGCAAACCUUUUAUUGCUAGCGGCCAAAACCGAGCGGCUAGAGAGCGCCCAUACGCGUGCGCUCCAUGAUACGCUGCUCGACCUGUUCCGCUCGACAUGUUGUUGCAAUCAUUUCCCUUCGUAGCUCGUAAUGCCGGUGAAAUGUUGGGGGCAGGUUUGGAAAGGCAUCGUCGCCAGGCCCGUGGGGUCUCUUUGCAAAGGGUGAGUCGCUGGCACCCCAAAAGGCGUGAGGCGGUCGGUCAGAUUUGGAGAUCAAUCAGCAGAAUGAAAAGAUGCAUCAAAUGGCAAUGGCAAUAGGCCGUCCGAGGCACUUCCAUGGUUUCCCUGCGAGAUGCGGCUACGUCCCGUCUGCGGGUCAUCUUGAACCUCCAAGGGAGUGCGCUUGAGGUCGCAAGUGAAAAGGCGAGGCUGAUCAUUCUGAGCGAGACUGGCAUCCAAGGCUUACAAAGCAGGUCUGGGAGCGUCACAGCUUACGCCUCUUGUCUUCCAUCAUCUGCGGUAGCCUUGUCUGCGCACUGCCUGGAUUUAGUGAGUGAUUGUAGUGUACAUGAAUGGCAGUGGAUGCUGCAGAUCGAACAAAGAGAAUGCAGGAUGAAAGCGGAUGCCGUCCCUCGAAGUGCUGCUUGAAUGCGUGCUGGUGUGCAACGGGCUGAGUACAAUCACAA